AUGGUGCCCACGAUGAAAAUAACUAUUGUGUGUGUUGUUCUUUUAUUUUCAUCUGCGCAUUCCCAUACGGAGACGAAAUGCGAAGAGAUGAUGGUACACGAUAAGCCCCAUAAGAAGCACGUAUUGAGCAUGGGGCUAAACAGACCUUAUCAGCUCGCAUUCGAUAAACAUAACCAAAGAUUAUUCUUCAGUCACAACGUUGGAAGAGAUGAUGAAGAUGCCUUUGAAAUUGGAUACAUUGAAAAGGACAAGAUGGUACCCACUAUUGUGCAAUCGGUGAAGAAUGGCUUCGCUAUUGGAAUAGAUAACAAAGACGCUAUUAUUUACUACGGUGGUAGCGACGGAAUAUAUAAACAACAUUUGAAAGAAAACAACGCAACGGUUUACGAAGUUUUAAAGGAGCACAAUGUGUGGGAUAUGUUUUUUAAACACGCGUUAUAUUUUAUAACGUAUCCUUUACAGCACUUGUACAAACUUGACGAGAAAAAUAAAACAGCUGAACAUCAAACGCACAUUCAUGAGAAAAUAUAUCAAUUCGCUAUCGACGGACACAACGAUAUGUUUAUAACGAACGAGACUGGUUUGUUCCUUAUAAAAAACGGAACGCACGAACGAAUAGCGUACGCAGGGCCGAAAGUCUUUCGCGCGAUUGAGAUAAAUAACGAGGGAGUCGCUUACUUUUGCGGUAAAAACGGCAUUUACACAGCUAAUAAGAAUAAUCACACGUUGGAUAUGGUUGUUAAGAUCAAACACGUGUUUGGGUUAACCUUUGACGGCGAUGAUCAUAUAAUUUAUUCGGAUUCACACGAAAUUGUCAAAUUAUUGCCAGAAAAGUGCAAGUAA